AUGUCUCUCUCUUCGGGGGACUCGCUUUGCGGAGAUGACGAAGACGCAGAUUUCCUUCUUGAUGAAGAAGAGGAAAUAGACUUCUAUGCCAUCUUGAACGUUCCACGCGAUGUACGUUUCCUUUAUUAUAAUAAUGAAAAUCAUUUUAUGGAAUUUGAAGGCUAAUGAAGAGGACAUUAUAAAAAGCUUAUCGAAAAAGAUGCUUAAUGUUUCAUCCCGACCGUUUUACUGAAGAUUCUGAUAAGCGUGAUGCCGAACGCGUUUUUGUGCAGAUCCGUCGCGCUCAUGAAGGUUGUUUGCUUUGAAAACUUCUGAGAGUAAAAUUGCGAAAUGGUAGCUAUUUUCUGUUGUUUAUUUUUUUUUACACUUUUCGUUUUCGUACAUGUUUUUUUCAGUUUUGAUGGAUCCCAAGAAGAGAGCAAUUUACGAUGCUCUUGGAGUGCAGGGUCUGGACACCCAAGGCUGGGAGCUGGUUUGUGAACAUUUAAUCAGUUCAUUAAUUCGUAGUUCCACCACUUUCCUUUGUUUACCUUGUGGACAUUGAUUCCGAAUACUGUUUUUUAAGGUUUCAAGGUCCGCCAAUCCAGACAGCAUCCGACGCGAGUACGAAUUCCUGCAACGUCUAAAAGAGCGGGAACUCAUGCUGCAGCGUGUUCAUCCAACGGUAUGAUAUUACUGUCCUCUUGACACGCAGAAUUUUUUAUUUGCCGAUCAUUCUUUUUUUCAUUCCGUUUCAUUUUCAUUCAUUUCAAGUGUUUAUUCGCCAUUCCGCAAUCAGCACGACAAAUACAAAAAAAAAUAAAACAUCAAAACAAUCAAAUAAAUCUAACAGCUGAUCUGUGGAAACGGCUUCAUGAUUCAGAGCGCUUUCAUUAUGAAAACUUCGCUCACGGGACUAUUUCACGAGCAGCCAGAAGACAGGUACCUUUUGAAGGUGUUUAUUUUACGGGAGUUUCAUCUUAUCAGGUACCCGCCACAGUUCGUUGGCAUUGCCCUGACGCAAUCCGUCGAUUGUGCGUUCACAGGUUUGAGGCCGUCAGUUUGCUCAAGGAAAUUUUUCUCAAGGUAUUGACCGGCUUGGGUUGGUGGGCCGAGUGAAAACCGGUAACGGGAGAGGUGACGGAAACGUUUCGGCCAUUUGGAAAAGAGCCGCCGGCCAAUUUAACGUCGAGGUUUUUUAAUUAAAUAGAAACGAAGAUUUUAUUAUAUUUUAUUAGCGGUGAAAUUUUGUCUUAUUUAUAAUAACUUUAAAAUUUAUCUUCAGUACAUGAUUUUUCUAACUUUUUUUUUUACGGUUUUCUACUGUUUCGACAUGACUUUGUAGUUUUAAGAGAUAUUAGGUCUAUUAACUCUUGGUGGUAUGAAAAAAAUGCCAGCGAAUGUUCGAACGGCGAUUUUUCCGAUUUUUUCAUACUGCCAGGGAACUUUCCGACGGCCACCUUUCCGACGAAUCCCUUUCCGACUUUUUCCCUCAUAUUUUUCGGUUUAUAAAACAUCUAUUAAUAUUUUUCUCCUAUUUCUUUGUGUUUCAAUCAUGAAUAAACUACCUAAUUUUCAUAGGAAGAUUCAAAACGAAGUAUUUAUCGCAAAAAAAAAAACCGUCGGAAAGAGAUUCGUCGGAAAUUUCCCCGGACGGAAAGUUCCCUAGCAAUAUGAAAAAAUCGGAAAAGUCGUUUUUCGAAUUUUCGCUGGUAUUUUUUUCAUACCACCUAACUCUUCAAUCUUUGUUUUUUUUUUUCGUUUUUGAACGAUCUCUAUCUUUUGCAGAUUGAAUAAUCGAAGAUCCUGAGGUAGGCUCGAUCCAAAAAAUGUGAAAAAAAACUGUUUCAAUUAGAAACAUCGAGAUCUAUUUAAAGGUUUUUCAUCUAUGAAGAAUAGUUGCACAAGUGCAGAACUUAUUCAGCCCGUGAGGAGGGAUUGGCUUACAAAAAUUUUGGAAAAUUAGUAAUAAAAUCGAUCUUCUACCUCGGGGAGACAGCUUUGGCCAUAAUAUUGCAAGUUUUAGAUCCACGGAGGUAUUAAUAACUUUAAUUUAGGAAAGUUUGGGAGGAGGGGUCGCCGGCUUCUAAAAAUGGUCUGCCCAUGUACUAUCUGAAGAAAUUUUGAAAGUUAGAUUUGUUUUUAGUAUGAUUCGAAAUAUUUUGAAACCAUUUCCGCACAUCUAUGUGAUACACCGAGGUGUUUUCUCAAUGAUAAUUUUUUGAAGAACACGGUGACAUUGUCGCCGGACUCUGCGGGAUGGGCUGUUCGCGUCGCUCGCAACGUCUUCAAGAGGGCGGCCGUGAUUGUUCAGCCACAACUCACCUACAGUUUCCUGCACGAGGCUUUGGUCCCCUCUGUGCUGCUGAGUAAGUGAGGGUUUGCCGGUCCCGAAUUCUCUUGGUUUGGUUUACUCGAUGCGGCUGCGAUCUCGCUGGCAAGGCAGCAUCAUCCUCAAUUUCUCGCCUAUCCAGAGCGCCAUCACCACGACCAUGGUGCACACUGCCGCCGACACUCACCAGCCCAAGGCCGUCGUCAGUCUAACCGUUAGUUCAUUAUUAUUAUUUUUUGGACAUACUAGUUAUCAGAGUUAUCACCUUCCUAGUGUUAUUUUCAGUACUGGCCAUAAAGGUAUUUCAAAGUGGUUAUUCGAGCAUAACUUCUCUGAAAGUGACUCAAAUGACUUGAAAAUUCGCACAGAUUUUAAAUAGCUACGCAGUAACUAUUUCUCAGAAGGAGAACUCAUUUGCUCGAGUCAGACAGGAUUUGAGAGCAAAAAACCGAAAAUCGUGAAAAUGAAGAUUUUUCUUUAGAGAUUCGAAAAAUCAUAUCUUCAAAGAAACUUCGAUUUUCAAUCCGAAACUUUUUUCCCCGGUAAAACAAGGUUUCGGCUUUCCAAAAAACCUAAUCAGCCCCUUACCAACCCGAUGGUAAGAGCGUAGUGACUUUUUCUUCGAAAGGCCUUUGCGUUUUGACGCCUCGUCAUUCAAAUGGACUAUACGAGAUCAUUUUUGUUUGAGAACACCCUGUUUCAUGUUGAAAAACUUCAAAACCUCCUCAAGAAUAGUUUCACACUGUUUUCCUCAGCUUUCUCACUAUACCCGCUCUUCAGAACUCACUAACUUCUCUGGGACCGAUUUUGAACCUCUGAUUUGAAGCGGAAGCGGCUCGUUUUUCAAAAUCAGAAAACUCUCGAUUUCUCAUUUCAAAUUCCAAAGCUUUUCCAGAACCUUGAUGAAUGAAAAUAAAAGGAGACUCACUGUGUUUCGCUUACUUAUUCAAAAGAUAUAUUGAGUUAUAAUGAGUUUCUUAAAGUUCUCAAAACUUCGUUUCAGCAAGUGUUGCUUAGAAGGCUCCAAAUCUUGUGAAAGAUGAUAAAAAAACCCCUUUUUUUCAUAUUUUUUUAAAUUUUUUUAGUUCAUGAGAUAAAUUUGUAACUCCUUUUUCCUAGCUCUCAGAUCGAAAAAUAGGCACUGUAAAAUGUUUCUUUAAAUUUUAUGGGAAAAAUAAGUUUUUGGUCUUGUGAAACUAAUGCUUCAGCAAAAAAAUUAGCAGUCUUUAGGAAGUAGGAGCCUGUAAUUUAUUCAUUAUUUAUUUUCGAUUUCACGAUUGAAAAGCGAUUGAUCAGAUAAAAACUCCUUUGAAUGCCCGAAAGUCCAGAAAAACUGUUCGAAUCAAAGGUUCAAAAUCGUUCCCAGAGAAGUUAGUGAGUUCUGAAGAGCGGGUAAAGUGAGAAAGCUGAGGAAAACAGUGUGAAACUAUUCUUGAGGAGGUUUUGAAGUUUUUCAACAUGAAACAGGGUGUUCUCAAACAAAAAUGACCUCGUAUAGUCCAUUUGAAUGACGAGGCGUCAAAACGCAAAGGCCUUUCGAAGAAAAAGUCACUACGCUUUUAUUAUCGGGUUGGUAAGGGGCUGAUAAGGUUUUUUGGAAAGCCGAAGACAUUGUUUUACUGUUUUUAAAAAAAAGUUUCUUUGAAGAUAUGAUUUUUCGAAUCUCUAGAGAAAAAUCUUCAUUUUCACGAUUUUUGGUUUUUUGCUUUCAAAUCCUGUCUGACUCAAGCAAGUAAGUUCUUCUUUUGAGAAAAUGUUACUGCGUAGCUAUUCGAAAUCUGUGCGAAGUUUCAAGUCAUUUGAGUCACUUUCAGAGAAGUUAUGCUCGAAUAACCACUUUGAAAUACCUUUAUGGCCAGUACUGUACAUCUUAUUCUUGAGAACUCUAUAUUUGAGUGAGAUUCAGAAAGUCCAGUUUGCAUAAAAGGUUCAUACCAGCUCAGAAGCUUUCUAAUUUAUCAUAUUCCUAUUCCUCUUGUAAUAUUUUUGUUUUUAUAUGUUUUUCUCUCUUAUCUCUCUUUAUUCUCUUGUUUCUCUGAACUCUCAUUUUUAUCUCAUUUUCUGAUUUUAUGAGUACAUUCAAAGCGUAAAAUUAUCAAAAUAAAGAUCAGAAAAGGUUGUUUCGCCCGACAAAGUUUUUAGUGUUUUUUUUUAUAUAAAAAACGAUUUAUGCUUUUGUUAACCCAAACAAAGUCACUUCAACAGGCGAAGCAAUAUAAUUGAAGAUCUAAGGUUCAUUAGGAUUGUGAGCUUUUUAUUAUUUUUUUAAUUGUAAAUUUUCUUAUUUUUAAUCUUUUGUUUAAAAUUACCUACUGUGGUUUUUUGUCUCUGCACUAGGGGGAUUUUAGAAUUUUUCCAUUUUUUUUUCUCCCCAUCCACAAAUUGUUAGCUCGUGAUCAUUUCACUGGAGAAUCGGAAAAAUGGAAAUACUUGCAGUUGGCACCGACAAAUUCCAACGUCAGAUUGGUGUACUACCGCCGACAACCUGAGCGGGACUCCUUCACCGAGGCCUCAGUUCAAAUGACUACGUUCGGCAUUGCUCCGGCGUUGACCGUCGAGCGGAGGUUGACGCGAUAUUCUCGCGUCGGUGUCUCUCUACAAUUCGCUUUCCCUUCUUGCCUACUCUCCACCAAGUUCAAGUAGGCGAGUGUCGGUUGCACUGUCCGACACCGUGUUUCAGACUGAAGACAGGCCAAUCGUCGUUUGAAUGGCAGUGCGUCUUGUGCGACGACAAAGACGCCUUGGCGCGAAGCGUCAUUUACGGCGUCGUCGCCCCAUAUUUCCUCGUCCAGGUCUUUUUUUCUUGUUCAUCAACUGUUCAAAGCUCAAAAUAGUUUAUUAAUAAAGAACCAACCAAAUUAUAUUGCCUCCGUUUGAAGGCAUAGGGGCAGUAAAAAACGGUGUUUUAGUUCAAAGCGGUAAUUUAUAGAGCUUUUCAUUGCGAAUCGAAGGGUAAACUUGGAAACGUACAGCUUUUGAAAAAAAAAUGUUUCGUUUUAUUCUUCAUUUAACCAGCAUUUCCACAGAGCCUGUUAAUACCAUAUGUACUUCGAUUUUCUCAAUCUUUAAUUUAUUUUUUACCUCGGUAGACUCUCUAGAACUUUCAACUUUUAUUUCUUGUGUGCUCCGAAAAUUCGAAAUUCUCAUUUUUUUUUUCAAGAUAAAAUCAACAGGCAACUGAACCAAAAAUGUUUUCAAUUGGAAGUCAUUCUCCUAUCUUUAGCUCUGAUAGAAAACGUUUUCUUCGAAAACUGAAAAUCAGCAAAGGCUACAGAGCGUUUGAUGAGAAACAUCAAAAUAAUACUGUCAUUUGAAAGUUUGCCGAUUUAUUCAAAUGUUAACAAGUUUUUCAAAUAAAAGGAAUCCAAUAACUGAGCAUUGAAGGCAAAAGUUAAAAGGAAAUAUGUAUUGGAGUAUUCAAUGAAAUCAAAAUGGAUUUUAGGUGACGAAAUAUGUUUUCCGGUCAUGGUGGGACAAAGCUGCGUCGAUGAUAACGGACGAGGGACGCGACGGAGAACGCGAAGUCGACUCGGCCAAGCGAGAAGAAGCUGCGAACGUUGUGUCGCUGAUGAGGUCCACUGCCGACCGAAUCCGACGCGAAGAGCAGUCUCGCCAUGGCGUCAUCAUUUUGGAGGCCCGCUACGGCCAGAGCGCUCCUGGCGCCACCAAGGCUUAUCCGAUGGCCGACGAAACGCGAACGAUAGACGUCGCGGUGCCGCUGCAGGCUAUGGUCAACGAUAGUCAGCUGCGAGUCUACGCGACCGCCAAGCAUCAGCUCCCUGGCUUCUACGACCCCUGUCCUGGCGAGGCCAAGGUCCUCUACGUUCGCUACACCUUCCGGGACGAAACUCAUUCUGUGACCGUCGGAGACGAACAACCAUUGAUGAUUCCGCUUCGCGUUCACCGCGUUAGCCCUGAAUGACCUCACCCGAAGGCUCUAUGAACAUUAAGAAGAGAGAAAUCAAAGUUUGGAUGUUUCAGCCUGAAAAAGUAUUCAUAGAAAAGUCAGUAAACGAAUUGAUAAGCUAUCGUAUACGUGUGCUUCAAACAUUUAUUUUCGAACUCUCAGAAAAAGUGGAAGGGUUUUUUUUUUGAAUUUGUAGUUUCGCACUAGUUUACAAUCACAAAUUUUUUUUUUCAAUCUUUUUUCAUUGAGAAGGUUCCAGCACUUUCAACAGUCUUAGUUUCUUUCGAAAAUUUCCAAAUUUCAGUCUCAAAAUUAGAGCUUUUCACUACAUAAAACGUCAGUAAUCAUCAGUAAGACCUUUUUUGAUAUUUCUCUUAAUCUUGAUCAUUCAUUUUCUGUGAAGCACAUAUUCCAUUGACCUUUUCGUUUAAAGAUUUUCAAUCUGACUUUUCGGAUAUUUUAUAGGCUGAGAGCUCCUCCAUAGCGAAGAUUGGUUUCAAUGCCUCCUUAGAAAUAUCGUCUAGACUAGAUUCAAGUUUCAUUUUCAUUACAUCAUUAUUAGGUCGAGGUCGUUUUCAUUUGAUUUCUUAGAACCCGAAAAAAAAAUUAGUGUGAUGGAUCAUGUGAAAAAUUUGCUAAAAAGAUAUGAGGUAUCGAAAAUUCCUCUUCUCUGGUGCCUUUUUUCGUGAUUUCACUUUUUAUCUUCCGACUGUUUUGUCAUGCACCUGCGAUAGGAACACGUUUCAGCCCGUGUGACCCGUCUCCGUUCCCUCUUUUCCAAUGAUUUUUUCUUCUUUUUCUUGUAUUCUCCCCUCCUCCCAUGUGUGCCCUGAUCGAUAGCGCGCUCUUGUGUUUUUUACAGGCUCUGCACCUCUACUUGAACGGCGUGUUUUGGUUUUUCUUCCCUUCCCUUUCCACUCAUUCUUUUUUUUAGGUUUUUCUUCAUAGAUAUUACAGAUUAUUACGUUUGUUUGUAUUUUUUUUGUUAAAUUUUUUUUUGUCGAACUGCUUUUAUCAGUUUUCUGUUUUCGCAUUGAUUGCCAUUUUCGAAUUGCUCAAAAGUAAAAGGGUUCAAAUUCUUGGUGAUUUGAUGUAUUUUUUUUUGCGUUUUUUCGCAUCUUACUUCACAUUAUCAUGCGUUUUAAAAGCCAUAUCAAGAAAAAUUGAAGUUCCAGAAAAUGGGCGAGAAGAUGCAGGCUCCUACGAACCCUCCAGGAUAUGACGUGAGUUUUUGUUGCGAAAUAAACGACCGAUCGAAUCAGGAAGCUCAAAGCAGUGGUGAACAUAGAGGGACGUCGGCUCCGGCAGUCGAAGCGGAAGUUUUCCAACAAAAGUUCGUUUCCUUUCUUUGUUCAUUCAAGUUCAUUUGUUUUCAUGUAGUCCACAAUUGGUUGUCUCUGUCCAAUACGUAGAAUUUUUGACCGGUUCGCAAAAAGUUCCGUAGCUUCGAAUGAAAUAAUAUAUCUAAAAGAAAUCGAACUUUGCAAUUUAGUGCAGUUUACGGUUGACAGAAAUGAAAAAAAUUUGAAUUCUUAAUCGAAAACUUACGUCGGCUGGAUCCCACCCCGGGGUGCGGCCUAUUUCAGUAAAUGUUCAAAUUUUUUGCGCGCAAAAGGCUGGGACCAUGAUAUCUCGCAUUUUAACAAAGACUUGUUCUUGAAAGGAAAUUUUUCCUAAGUUUCAUAGACGUUAUCAAGAAUGUUGUUAGUGGUUGUAAUUCGGUUUUGAACGAUAUAAUAGACAAUUCUUUGAGUUUGAGAAACUUUUGACUUUUUCUUUGCAGCCAUGGGAAUGACAUGCAGGGUCAGCCUACGGAAAUGGCGCCACCGCCGUCCUACCAAGCAGCCAUGUCCUAUCCGGCGGCUCCGACGUACGGCGGAAUCGAGCAACCGAAGCCGAUGGUACCCCAGCAGCCGCCCAUUUACUACCAACAGCCCCCGCCCUUCAUUAGUACGUCUUAUUCAGACUUGUGCGUCAGGCCGUGCUUUGGGCCUUCUUUUUGAGAAAAAGCCUGCGCGGGCUUACCAGGGAAUGGUCUCCGGUCGCAGGGGGACUCCUAAAUGAGACCAAGUUUACUAGAUGUAGUUUUUCACGCUGACUCAAAAUCUGGUCUCAAAAACUGCCGAGGAGAUCUGUGAAAAAAGUUAUGGACCCUCAAAGUCGAAAAUUUCUUUGCUUUGAAAAAUCAAAACUAUGCCUAAAAUUUUAUUUGGGAAAAAGUAAUUUGUUUCUAUAUAUGGACAAAAAAUGAGCUCAAUGGGAGACAAUGAAUUUUUCAACUUUUGAAGAUCCAUAACUUUUUUUCACAGAUCUCCUCGGUAGUUUUCAAGAUCAGCGUAAAAAACUACAUCUUGUAAACUUGGUCUCAUUCAGGGGCCCCACUGCGACCCGAGACCAUUUCCUGGUCAGGCCACGCCAGGCUUCAAAAAAAAAAAAUUUUAAAUUUCAUUUAAAACAUUUUUGCCAAUAAUAUCUUUUUACUCGCUAAACGGUAUUUUCUGUUGAACUCGGAGUUAAAAAAAUAAGCAAAAAAAAAUGACUUUUGUCGUAAAAAAAAAAGCUCGAUACUCGACUUGAAAAAAAUUAAGCUUUUUGGGCCGGUCCUCGCACAAACCUGGUCUUAUUAAUGAAAAUCCUCUCAAGUUCGGGAAUUUUCAUGAAUUAGCUUAGUUUGGUCACUUCUUGGCUUUUUGGCUGUUUUUGCUCACACUCAAGGUGUACUACUGGGUCAGCCUGUACUAAUUGCCAGGCGCUUUCUUUUCAAUAGCAAAGCCUUAGCUGUGAAAAAAGGCCAUCAAAGAAUCCAGUUUUCAUUUUCCCACUGUGGAGAAUACAUAAAAUAUUUAAUUCUACAAUUUAUCUCUGAAUUCGUCGUUUAUGAAUCAAUUUUUUGUUUGUUUUCAGUCGUUGAUGAAUCCGAUUAGAACAAGAACUUGUGAAGUUAUAACGAACAACCGCCUCUGGCGAACUAGAAAUCCUAGCGUGUAGUUAAUCAAGUUGAAAGCAUGGUUUUACCUUCUUGUUCUUGCGCGUAGUUUAUCUAGUUGCGACCACUUCGAGUGGAGAUUUUAGACGGAAUGUCCAUCUCAAACUUUUUGAAAUCCAAAAAUUGAAGAAUGAGAAAAAACCUUUUCUUAUGGGUAUGACGAUACGUUGAUUAGGAACUUUUUGCAGCACAAACGCGUCUUCCGCAGCCGAACGACGCCGUUGUGCAGGCGAUACGAGCCAACGUGGCGCCGACGACCGCCAACGUCGUCGUCCACAUCCAGCAGGGUAUCCAGUGCCGACAUUGUGUACGUUUUGUUCUCUCUUUCUUCCGUGGUUACUCUUUGAAAUAUCGCAUAAUCCAUUUCAUAUUCGAGAGUUGAAAGAGACGUGUUGAUUUGAUAGGUCUUCCCUUUCCUACUGCUUAAUGGCCAAAAACUACCUUUUUUUUCGAAAAUUUUAUUAUUGGUGAAUAAAAAACAGUAAACAAAAAAAUCUGAUUAACCAACAUAUGUUUCAUAAAGUUUCAAUGUUAGCACCUUGUGCGUCCGGGCGGCAAUGCCCCCGGGCUUGGGCCAGACCAGGCUUCGAAAAAAAUUUUUUUAGAUUUCAUUAAAACAUUUUUCACCGAAAAAAAUUAUUUUUUUCAUAUGUUGAAUCAUAGUUUCUGUUGAACUACUAGUGAACAAAUGAGCAAAAGUAUGACUUCUAUCGUAAUAAAGCAUUUUUGGUUGAGGCCUAACUAAGGUCAGGGCGGGCUUAGAAAACAGGCUGAGGGGCCGGCUCUCGAACAAGCCUGACUGGUAGUUGCUAUUUGUGAAUAGUUUUAAAAAAAAGAGCCUUAAUUCGAUAAGUUUUAGCUCUUGCCUCUGUUACUUUCUUCUCUUUUUCUUCCAAAGAUUACAAUUUUCAAAUUCAUUUUCAGCACGCAGGGGUGGUGACGCGCCAAACGGACAUGUGCUGCCUGCUGUGCCUCGUUCUGCUCACAAUUUUCACUUUUCCUCUCGGGCUCAUUUUCCUAUGUUGUGUCCCGUGCACUGUACAAAACCGUUGUUCCAAUUGCCAACGUCUCGCCUAA